GUGUGUGUGUGUGUUCCGGUUUAAGUGAAAGUCAAAGUCCAUUUUCUGGAAUAAGGAAGUAAAUCAUUGGCUGGAGAAAAACACAGUUUACAGGUGUAAUCUGUAGGAGGAGACAUGACCUCCAAUAUGAGUGUGUCUGUGAACCAGGACUUAAAGAAAGAUGAGAGUCUGAUUCAUGGUGAGAGAUCAGACUCACCUGAACCCAGCUGUGUGUCCAUGAAGAGUGACCAGUCAAUGGAAAAACCAGUAGGCUUUAGAGACACAGACCGUGCUACUGAUCUGAGACUGCAGAAGAAUAAAUCAAAAAUCACUGAGAAGAGUCACUUGGAGGCCAUAUUCAAGGAUCUGGAGCACAAAGUCAUCACUCUGUUAAAGAAGGAGCUGAAGAGAUUUAAGAAGCUCCUGAGUCCAGAUUACCCAGCAUGCUCUGAGAGGGAGGUGGAGGAUGAGGAGGAUCAGAGCAGUGUGAGAGAGGGAGCGCUGAAGAUCACACUGCACAUCCUGAAGAACAUGAACCACACAGAUCUCGCUAACACACUGCAGAACAAACUCCUGUACCAGGGGAAACUCAAAUCCAGACUGAGAGAGAAAUGUAAAAGAAUUAAUGAAGGAAUCUCACAGCAUGGAAACUCAGCACUUCUGAAUGAGAUCUACACAGAUCUCUACAUCACAGAUGGUUGGAGUGGAGACGUCAAUAAUGAACAUGAGGUGAGGCAGAUUGAGACAGCAUCCAGGAGACCAGCAACACAGGAGACAUCGAUUAAAUGUAAUGACCUCUUUAAAGACAAGUCCAUCAGAAGUGUGCUGACUAAAGGAGUUGCAGGAAUUGGAAAAACAGUCUCUGUGCAGAAGUUCAUUCUGGACUGGGCUGAAGGAAAAGCAAAUCAGGACGUCACCUUCAUGUUUCCACUUCCCUUUAGAGAGCUGAAUUUGAUGAAGCAGAAAGAUCUCAGUCUGAUGAAACUUCUUCAUCACUUUUUCCCAGAAAUAAAAGAACUACAAUUAAUAGACUGUAAUGUUCACAGAGUGAUAUUCGUCUUUGAUGGUCUGGAUGAGUGUCGACUUCCUCUAAAUUUCCAGAACAAUGAGAGUUUGUGUGAUGUGACAGAGUCAGCCUCAGUGGAUGUGCUGCUGACAAACCUCAUCAAGGGGAAUCUGCUUCCCUCUGCUCUCCUCUGGAUAACCUCUCGACCAGGAGCAGCCAAUCAGAUCCCUCCUGAGUGUGUAGACCAGGUAACAGAGGUACGAGGGUUCAGUGAUCCUCAGAAAGAGGAGUACUUCAGGAAGAGGAUUAGUGAUCAGAGUCUGGCCAAUAAAGUCAUCACACACAUGAAGUCUUCAAGAAGCCUCUACAUCAUGUGCCACAUCCCAGUCUUCUGCUGGAUUUCAGCCACUGUUCUAGAGAGAAUGUUGGCUGAAGCAGAGAGUAGAGACAUCCCCAAGACGCUGACUCAAAUGUUCACACACUUCCUGAUCUUUCAGAUCAAACACAAGGACCAAAAGUACCAUCAGAAAUGUGACCCUGAUCCUCAGCAGACCAGAAGGAGUAUCCUGGCACUGGGAAAACUGGCUUUCCAACAGCUGGAGAAAGGAAACCUGAUCUUCUAUGAGGAAGACCUGAGAGAGUGUGGCAUUGAUGUCAGAGAAGUGUCAGUGUACUCAGGAGUGUGUACCCAAAUCUUCAGAGAGGAGUUUGGGCUUCACCUGGGGAAGGUGUUCAGCUUUGUACAUCUGAGUGUUCAGGAGUUUCUGGCUGCUUUAUACUCGUUUCUCUCUUUCUUCAACAAAACGAAUGAAACGCAUCAAAUCAGUGAUCUGUCUGAUCUUUUAACCAAAUCAAGCAUGUCUGAUUUCCUGAGGUGUGCAGUGGACAAGGCCUUACAGAGUGAGAAUGGACACCUGGACCUUUUCCUCCGCUUCCUUCUGGGUCUCUCACUGGAGUCCAAUCAGACUCUCUUACGAGACCUAAUGCCCCAGACUGGAAGCAGCUCUCACAGCAAACAGGAAGCAGUCGAGUACAUCAAGGAGAAGAUCAGGGAGAAUCCAUCUCCAGAGAAAUCCAUCAAUCUGUUCCACUGUCUGAAUGAAAUGAAUGAUCAUUCUCUAGUGCAAGAAGUACAGCAUUACCUGAACAGAGUAGAUUACUAUCGUCUCAGUGGAGUCAGACUCUCUCCUGCUCAGUGGUCAGCUCUGAUGUUUGUGUUGCUGAACUCAGACAAGAGUCUGGAUGUGUUUGAUUUGAGGAAAUAUGACCCAUCAGAUGAAUGUCUUCUGAAGCUGCUGCCAGUGGUCAAAGCAUCCAGAAAAGCUAAGCUGUGUUGGUGUAAUCUCACAGAGGAAAGCUGUAGAGCUCUGUCCUCAGUUCUCAGCUCAAACUCCUCCAGUCUGAGAGAACUGGACCUGAGUGAGAAUUAUAAACUACAGGAUUCAGGAGUGAAGCUGCUCUCUGCUGGACUGGAGAAUCCACACUGUACACUGGAGACACUGAGGCUGUGUGAGUGUGAUCUCACAGAGGAAAGCUGUAGAGCUCUGUCCUCAGUUCUCAGCUCAAACUCCUCCAGUCUGAGAGAACUGGACCUGAGUAAGAAUUAUAACCUGCAGGAUUCAGGAGUGAAGCUGCUCUCUGCUGGACUGGAGAAUCCACACUAUACACUGGACACACUGAGGCUGCGUGGGUGUAAUCUCACAGAGGAAAGCUGUAGAGCUCUGUCCUCAGUUCUCAGCUCAAACUCCUCCAGUCUGAGAGAACUGGACCUGAGUGAGAAUAACUUGCAGGAUUCAGGAGUGAAGCUGCUCUCUGCUGGACUGGAGAAUCCACACUGUACACUGGAGACACUGAGGCUGUAUCGUUGUAAUCUCACAGAGGAAAGCUGUAGAGCUCUGUCCUCAGUUCUCAACUCAAACUCCUCCAGUCUGAGAGAACUGAACCUGAGUUACAAUAAACUGCAGGAUUCAGGAGUGAAGCUGCUCUCUGCUGGACUGGAGAAUCGACACUGUACACUGGAGACACUGAGGCUGGAAUGGUGCAGUAUUACAGGUGAAGGUUGUGCUGCUCUGGUUUCAGCUCUGAAGUCAAACACCUCAUCACAUUUGAGAGAACUGAAUUUGAACUACAAUAAACCAGGAGAAUCAGGAGUGAAGCUGCUCUCUGAUCUAUUGAAGGAUCCACACUGUAAACUGGAGAAACUUGAGCUGUGUCGGUGUAAUCUCACAGGGGAAAGCUGUAGAGCUCUGUCCUCAGUUCUCAGCUCAAACUCCUCCAGUCUGAGAGAACUGGACCUGAGUAACAAUAACCUGCAGGAUUCAGGAGUGAAGUUGCUCUCUGCUGGACUGGAGAAUCCACACUGUACACUGGAGACACUGAGGCUGGAACGCUGCAGUAUUACAGGUGAAGGUUGUGCUGCUCUGGUUUCAACUCUGAAGUCAAACACCUCAUCACAUCUGAGAGAACUGAAUCUGAACUACAAUAAACCAGGGGAAUCAGGAGAGAAGCUGCUCUCUGAUCUACUGAAGGAUCCACACUGUAAACUGGAGAAACUUGAAUUUUAGCUGCAUUAAUUCUGAUCUGAUCUGAGUCUCACACACAGAGGAUGAAGAGGAUAAACUCUUACAGUACAAAAUGUUUGAAAAACAUUAUCAUUUAGUGAUAAUCAGAUGGUGUACAACAUGUCAGCACUUCUGCUUCUCUAGUUGUUUGUAAAAAUGCACCAGCUGAGAUAAAGUUUAACAGAACACUAAUCAAUCUUUUCUUACUAACAGCAAAACAGAAAGUGUUAAUGCACUUAUAAUGUCAUUUAAUAAUUUUGUAUAUACAGUAUGUUCAUGAUUUCCAUUUACAUGUAGCAGAAGGAAACAUUUAUGUUUAAAAUACAUUAUAAAUAUCUCAUGGUAUCAGUUCAAUGCAGUAAUUUGGUCAUUGCUCAAAGUUAUAUGUUGUUUAUACACUGAGUUAAAGUAAUUUGUUUCCUACUGAAGUUGUUAGAAAAUUAAGAUUAGAAAAGUUUAAUUUAGUUGUCUAUCUACAUAAUUAUGUUUCAAUUUAUUAAAUUGUGUGUUCAUAUAUAUAUUUUUAAUUGUUUUAAUUUUUUUUUUUUUUGGUGUGUGUGUGUUUGCACCUGAGUCUGUAUCCAUGCUGUAAUAUAGUGCUGUGUUUGACUUAGCUUGAAUGGUGAGUGUCAUUUUGGCCUGGAAAAAACAUGCACACCUCCAUGUUCAUCUUUUGUUAGCAAUAAGCUAGCCAGCUAACUCUGAUGAGUGAUGUAUAUUUACCUCCUCAACACAGCACACUGUAUAGUCAGUAUUAUAGAACAUAAUAACCCUCAAGGAUUAUUACAAAGAAUCUACAAAGAAUGUGUCAUCAUUAGCAUAAUGUCGAAUAAAUGCCUAUAAUAUAAAAAAUAUUUAAACAUAUAAAAAAAUAACUGCUAGAGAUAGACUUUAAGCUAGCUAGCACAGUGCAGUCAAGUUUCUAUGAUACUGUGUGUGUUUUUAGACUUGAAAUAUCAAUUAGCAUGGUAAGUAUUAAUUAGCAGUAUUUAAACUCAUUGCUAUGAAUAAACCUACAGGCUUUGCUCCAACAAAAACAAUGUACAGUGUGAGGCAUCAUGGCAACAGCAAACAUGGUGAACUUAUUUCCCGCAAAGGUUGUAGGUCAUACAUCACUAAUGACCCAUAAAUAAUCUGCUUCUUUUAACAUUUUACACAAUGAACAGUAAAUGGCUCUGAGUCCAUAUAGGAGGCAGAACAUGAAGACUUCAUUUCUUUAUUUCUGUAAGUGGAAUCACCUACACUGUUACCAAAUAAGUGUUUGGGUGUGGGGGGUAUUUAUUAUUGAUAAGUGCAGAGUGUUUGUGUGUGUUGUGUGUAUGUAAGUAGGAGAGCAUUUGAAUGAUCAUGUGUUCGUGACUGUGUGUGUGUUGUGUGUAAGUGUGUACAGUAUAUUUGUGUGUGUAUUGACAGUGUGUUAUUAGGGAUGUCAUAAAACAGCGAUAUAUUGAUUAUUGAUCAGCAUGUUAUUUUCUCGAAGAGUCUUUGAGACAGUGAUGGUUUAAAAUGACAUUUAAACGGGUAAUAUGCGUUUGCUAGCAGUUUAACAUUGUAGUGUAUGAGAUUACUGUCAAAAUGCAGGCGACAUGGAGCUGUGAUUUAAACAAUAGAGAGAGAAAUUUUCUGGUACAGAAGCAGAAACACUUCUAUGGCAUCAAAAUGCUUCAUUGUGUGACUUCACUCCGUGACAUCGUUCCCCACAGACACAAGUGUUCCUGAUAAUAUACACUAACACUGUUCCACUGCUGCUAAUGCUUUCCCUUCUUUUACAUUUUUAUA